GUACAGUACAGUGUACAGUCGUCAUUCAGCAAGUACAGUGUAAUGGUAGUGUACUACAGCAGCAAGUAGGCGGAUUCAUUGCAUAGAAUUUUUCCAACAUCGCUGACUCAACAAUCAACAUGUUAAUAGCUUGAUAAGCAUCUAAUAAUUUACUACUGAAGUUUAAAUUUAAAAAAAAAAAAACAACUAUGGAUCCAGGCAGUGACGCUGGAGAAACUCUGUAUUGCAUCUGUCGAUCAUCAGACUGUGAACGCUUUAUGAUUGGAUGUGAUCAUUGUGAAGAAUGGUAUCAUGGAGACUGUAUUGGUGUAACACAGCUUGAUGCAAGAUCCAUCAAGCGAUAUUACUGUGAUGCAUGUAGAGCACGCAACCCAAGUUUAGAAAUACAGUACAAAAAUAAAAAGAAAGAGCGGCAAACUUUGAGUGAGUCUAGUGAACAGGAUAAAUUUGACAAGAAUCAGAAAGAGUACAGAACAAAGCUUAGAGAAAAUAUGAUUGUGAAGAGUAGAAUGACACGAAGAUGUGGUGACUGUAGUGCAUGUGACAGGGUUGAAGAUUGUGGAAGAUGCGAUUAUUGUAAGGACAUGAAAAAGUUUGGUGGAACAAACAAACUUCGCCAGAAAUGUCGACUUAGACAGUGCACAAGUUAUGUGAGUAAGCCUAAAGAAAUGGGUUUAACAUCAGCAGAUAAAUUGCCACAUACAAGUGAUGCAGCAUCAGAAAAGGCAGCUACAGAUUUGUCUGAUUUUGAAGAUGAUUUUGAUGAAGAGGAAGCCUAUGAAAAUAUUAAAGUAGUUCCUAAGAAAAGGGAGAGAAGGACAAGUUCAUCAGAUGUUUCUCCUAGGAAAAAAAAGGAUAAAAAGAAAAUAAAACACAAAUUUAAGAAAUCACCAGAAAAGCCUCCAAAAUAUCGCCAGAAGUCAAGUUCCAGACGCAGGGUAGAGGUUGAUGAUGCUCUGGAGACUGAUGAUGAUGCACCUAGGCAGUGUUAUGGUCCUGGGUGUGUUGAGCCUGCUAAAACUGGGUCAAAAUACUGUUCAGAUGAGUGUGGGAUGAAACUAGCUAAAAGUCGGAUCUAUGAAAUACUACCAUCUCGGAUUCAACAAUGGCAGAGUAGUCCGUGUGUGGGGGAGGAGAACAACAAGAAAGUACUAGAAAUGCUGCGGCAAGAAACUUUAGAAGCUAGGAUGAAGUUGAGGCAACUUGAUUUGAAAAUUCAAGAGCUAGAUGCUUUGGUAGAAAGAGGGAAGCGUUUAGCAGUGAUAGCUGAGCAGGAUGGAUUGGAGCAAGAAGAAGAUACUGAACUUAGCAUUUAUUGUGUAACUUGUGGAACAGAAUUGAAUCAGAAAGGUGCUUUGAGACAUAUGGAAAAAUGCUAUUUAAAGUUUGAAGCUCAAACAUCGUUUUGGUCACUCUACAAAACUAGAAUUGAAGGAAACUCUAUGUUUUGUGAUUUUUAUAACCCUCAGCAGAAAAUGUAUUGUAAACGGCUAAAAGUGCUUUGUCCAGAGCAUACCAAAGAACCAAAAGUUAGCCCUGAUGCAAUUUGUGGAUGCCCUAUUGCCACAGACUUGUUUUCUGAAGGAGAAAAUUUAUGCAGAGCACCUAAAAAGAAGUGUGUAAAACACUUUUGCUGGGAAAAACUGCGCAGAGCAGAAAUAGACAUGCAUAGACUAAGACAGUGGAUGAAACUAGAUGACCUUUUUGAACAAGAACGAAACAUCAGAAUGGCAAUGUCUAACAGGAUGGGAGUAUUAGGGCUCAUGUUGCACCAGACAGUUGACCAUGAUCCAAUGACUCCAAUGAAAUCAAGUGCAUCCUAGAAAAUAACUUUGCUGUGCUUGUUGUUUGACUUAGAUACUGUAACAUUGUUUUAUAGAACGCAUUUGAUGACUUAAAACAGCUUAUCUUGUUAUAAGCAGAUGUCGGUAGUAAUGUAACUUUAUAAGAAAUAAAUAAAUACCUAAUUCAA